AUGAUGACCUCCAACCUUAUUUCACGGCUGCUGCCUUCGAAUUCCCAAGCAAGAUCGAUAUAUGAUUCAUUACGUGCUCACGACGAGGUUUCCGAAUCGGAAAUAGAUGUAGAGGAACGAGCGGCAAUGGCACUCGACGAAGAGAACUUAAGAUUUCAUGAUGACGAGUUGGGAAAUCUGGCAGAUGUGAUCAGCGGUGAAUCCGUUACAGAAAGUACAAAAUACCUACCUGAUCAACAACAGCCAACACACAAGCCAGAAUAUGACCGCAAAGGAAAAGGUAAAGCAAGAGCAAAUCAUUUCGCAGAAUCGCCUAGGUUACUUGCAGAAGAUCCUGACGAUGAUGUGCCUGCUUCGUUGUUGAUAGAGGGAGAUAAUCGUCAUCCUGGCCGGGAGGGUCCAGCCAUUCGAGCAAGGCAACCUGCGCUUCCAAAGAAAGCACACGCAAUACCGAGACCAUCAGCACAGCAGAUAAAAGAUGAGAGGGAGAGAGCUCAUUGGGAGAUGAUGCAGGACCAGCAGAAACUACACCAAGAUGAUGCAGCCAGGACGACUCCUGUGUCGCAUACAACACAAGCUAUCCCUCGAAAUACAGGAGUCUAUUUGUCAGGCAGCCCAAAAGAUAAAGCUAUGUAUCGAUGGGUUAAUGUGACAAAUCUGGACAAUUUCAUCAGAGAUUUAUACGAUUAUUUUGAAGGGGCUGGUAUUUGGUGUAUAGUUCUAGCCAAAGCCAUCGAUAUCCUUACCCUUACUUUUGUAACAAUAUUUACGACUUUCCUUACGCAAUGUGUCGACUAUAAGAAGAUCUAUCGUGGCAAUGCUCGUAGCUUAAGUCAUGCGUUGGUUCCACAAUGCACAAAGAAGAUAUCCGGAAUUUCAAAUGUAGCAAUUUGGCUAGUUUGUCUAUUUGUUCUCUAUAAGAUAUAUCAGCUCUUGACGGAUCUCCCGAGGCUUAUGAGAAUGCGGGACUUCUUUACUUAUCUCCUUGAGAUUCAAGAUAGUAAUAUGCAGACCGUAUCUUUUCAAGAUGUUAUAGGCAGGGUAAUGGCGCUUCGAGACGCAAAUCCUAUGACCGUGGAAAGGAUUUCGCCGAAUAAUCGGAAGUUUGUCAUGGGUACUCAGUCAAAACAGCGACUUGAUGCUCAUGAUAUAGCAAAUCGUUUAAUGAGGAAAGAAAAUUACCUCAUUGCCCUGGUUAACAAGGAAAUUCUGGAUCUGACUUUACCACUUCCUUUUUUGCAAGGUCGACAGUUAUUCUCGAAAACUUUACAGUGGAACCUGGAGUGGUGCAUAUUAGAUUUUGUUUUCAAUGACUAUGGCCAGGUCAGGCAAUUGAUUCUGAAGGAUUCUCAUCGACGAGAGUUGAGCAAUGGGUUACGAAAUAGGUUCCUCUUUGCCGGUUUUAUGAAUAUUUUCUGUGGUCCUGUCAUCAUCAUAUAUGUGUUGAUUGUGUAUUUCUUCAAAUACUUCAAUCAAUAUCAUAAAAACCCUGCAGCACUUGGAGCGCGUGGUUACACGCCUUUGGCGGAGUGGAAAUUCAGGGAGUUUAAUGAACUUCAUCACCUAUUCAAUAGACGGCUGAAUAUGUCCAAUCCGUUUGCGUCGCGCUAUCUUAAUCAAUUUCCAAACAUCAAAACCGCUCAUAUGGCUAGAUUUAUAACAUUCGUUGCCGGAGCCAUUGUGUCCGUUCUGAUACUUGCCACAAUUUGGGACUCUGAGGUCUUAGCCGGAUUUGAUAUCACCCCGGAGAGGCCGGUUCUGUUCUAUAUAGGAGUGUUUGGAUCGAUUUGGGCUAUCACAAAUGGUAUGAUACCAAAAGAAAAUGAGGUAUUUGAUCCCGAGUACGCACUCCGAAGUGUGAUCGAAUAUACUCAUUACAUGCCAAGUCACUGGCAAGAUCGACUCCACAGCGACGAGGUUAAGCAAGAGUUCUCCACUCUCUAUCAGCUCAAGUUUGUAAUUUUUCUUGAGGAAUUCUUGAGUAUUAUAAUUACCCCAUUUCUGUUAUGGUUCAGCUUGCCAAAGUGCUCCGAACAGAUCAUUGAUUUCUUUAGAGAAUUCACGGUUCAUGUCGAUGGCGUUGGAUACGUUUGCUCUUUUGCUGUUUUCGACUUCAAGAAAGGAGUGGGUAGUGCUCCAUCGCGAGGUAUAGUCAAGACGGACGUGCGAGAAGAUUAUUAUUCUACCAAGCACGGAAAAAUGGCCGCCUCGUACUAUAAUUUUCUCGACAACUAUAUGCUCAAUCCAAAGACAGGCGUACCAGGGCAUAAUCCUCCUGGCAUGCGACAGCAGUUUCACCCUCCUCCUGCCUUUCCAGGUUUGAUGUCUCCAUUGGGUGCAGAUAUGCAGAGCUCAAGGAUGGGACAGAGUGAAGUGAGACCGAUGAAUAGAGCACCCCGAACAACUCGAUUCCCAUCCAAUACCACUGCUAUGGGAUCUCCUAUGGCUUCUAUUCUUUUGGAUCCACGUCACCAGCCUUCAGCGUCUGAAGUCGAUGCUCGUAGCGUAAGACGGACUUCUCGAUCCAGAUACCCAGCGCGUAGAGAAAAUAAUAUAAGAGAAGAGCCGAUGGAAGAUGAAGAUGAACUUGGCCGACCAGUUCUUCAACCUGGAAGAUCUUAUGCAGUCGAUGAUACAGUCGCAAAUCUGGGCGAAUCAACUUGGGAAGUGUCUCCCGCAAAUGAUGAUAAUGAGGGAAAGGAUGAUGAGGAAGAUGGCGAUGGGACAGCGGGAGAUGGUGUUUUGGGACUGGUGUAUCAAUUUCAGAAGGCGCAAACAAACGGUAGACCAGGUGUCAGCAUAUGGUAG